AUGGGUUUCCUUGUUUUUAGGGAGAUAAAGGCGCUGUUGUUCAUGACUUUGAGAAGUUUUAAACUUUGUGAAAUAAAUCGAGGGAUUGUUAGCGCUAGUGAUGUUGAGUUUGAGGAAGGUUCUGAAUCUGAGUUGCUACAGAAGCAAGUGAAAAGUGAUGAAGAAGCUUUUGAAUUGUACAAUGAGUAUGCUUUUAAGUUUAGUUUUGGUGUUCGUAAGGGUAAAACAAGGUGCAGGGUCAAAGAUGGUAGUAUUUGUAUGAGACAAAUGGUUUGUUGGAGGACUGGUUUCAAGAAUGUGAAUAAUGUAGGACAUAAAUCGUAUUCAAAGGUUGAUUAUAGAACUGGUUGCAGGGCUUAUGUCCAAUUUCAUGUUGAUGAAGAUGAUGUUUAUACUUUGGUUGCACAUGUUAUGGGACAUAAUCAUGCAAUGGUUCCACUUCAUAAGCGUCAUUAUAUUAGGUCACAUAGAUUAGUACGUUCUGAGCAGUUGGCAUUUAUUUCAAACUUGAAGAGAAGUGGAAUUCCUGUAGCAGAUGUUAUUCGGGUUAUGAGGAAAGAAGUUGGGGGUUCUCCUAACCUAGGGUUUAUUGCAAGUGAUGCCUAUAAUGCUCUUGCUGGUGAGAAGGUUAAAAGUAUUGAUUUUUCUGACUCAAAUCAGUUGAUAAAGUUUUUUACACAAAGUUGGAUAAUUGUGGGAAUUUGGAAUAAUCAUCACACGAACAAUAUCAUGUUCGGAUGUGCUUUCUUGCUCAAUGAGAAAACUGAUUCAUUCGUUUGGCUAUUUGAUUCAUUUGUGAGAUCAAUGGGUGGAAAAAAACCAAUCACUAUGAUAACUGAUCAGUGUGCAGCAAUGGGAGCAACAUUGAAAGUUGUUUUGCCAUCAGUGAACCAUCGUCUCUGUACUUGGCAUAUUGGUAAGAAUUCAAAGAAGAACAUUCCAGACUUGAGGGCACAAGAUGAUAUUGUUGAUGUCUUUAAUACUGUUUUGAAGUACAGUGAUACAAUUGCGGAGUUUGAAUUCUAUUGGCAAAGGGAUUUUGAGAAGCUAUUCGAUGCUAUCCAAUGUCCAUAUAAUAGGAAGGUAGCUAUAGCUGCGUAUUACCUUAAGGAGGAAGCCGACUUUCGGUGGUCACAACAUAAGGAGACGUUAAUGACAAGGUAUGACUUUGAUUGGAAGGCUUUCGGAGGAGAUAUGAAGAAGAAAUUUUAUCCAAAUUUCUUGAGGAGGCAAAAGGCCACUGAGUUUGAUGAGUUGAAGCAAGGUGACAUGACUGUGGAUCAGUACUAUAAGAAUUUGUAG